GUUCCCAUGCACAAAAUUCCUAACGUGCCGUUGGGCAAAGUCCAACAAAGACAUGUCGUGCGAAUAUUCUUUCCUCGGCUCUACAGUGCAGACGGUGCAGCUAUGGUGUCUCAAGAGAACUUGGCCCUCGUCUACGACCGUUGCCUCCGCCCCACAUUAGCAGAAGUUCUGCCGGAAUUUGCUGAUCGGGCGCCAACAUCAUAUGCUGCCGCAUACAUGCAGGCGAAGACUCGCGCCGGGGGGCUCGCGUUCAACACCCUAGACGUCCCUUGGAAUAGAUUGGAAGAAGUUGCCACAGUAUUGCUAGCCAAACUUCAGGAGCAGGAGCCUGCUUUCAGGGACGCGUAUUUUGUCCACGAGCUGAGGGGAACGAAGGGGGGUACUAUACACGAUGGCGAGAAAGAUUGGGAGCGACAGAUGGCUUUCGAAGAUAUGUUCGAGCAUGUCGAUGUCGAUAAUUUGAACCCUCAGGAGUGGCUGGUCGAUGUCGCUUUGACCAUUGGAGUAGAGGGACAUGUCGUCACAUGGCGCAAGUCUUGUCACCGGGACCUCCUCAGACAUCUCAUGCCUCGCGCAUGCCCUCAAAAAGUCGCUGCUCUUACCAAGAACAAGCGAAAGUUCCACUUUGAUCGCACCCUGCAGAUCAAAGAGUUAGCCGGCUUCCGUGCAACCACGGCCAACUUUAAAGAUAACGAUGAAAUAACAUACGUGCAGGCCUAUUGCACUGAGAAGAAUGCGUCGUACCAGCUCCACCCAGGGGUGUUCCGCCGCCGACAACCCAAAGAGCUUUUGCAAAAGAAGACCGAACAGAAGAUAGUGGACGACCUGGAUGUCAUGAGCCAAGUAUUUUACGAAUGCGCUGGCGAAGGAAAUGUGGAAGGACGUGAUGGCUGCGCCCGCUUGGAGAUUCGGAUUCCACUGGACAAGGCUCGGGACUCUUUGGUGACUCUCCCUCGUGAUAUGGUUGAGCGCUGUGUGGUUGCCAUCAGUAGACGUGUAUGGUGGUAA